GAUGCCAGCGUGGGGAGGUUGGUGAUGCAGGCUCUGGCUGACGCUGCCCAUGCUCCAUUCCAUCUCCUAGCCACAGGACAGCCCCCUCACGCUGACAGCUGGGUGACAAUGAUUGACUGUGACCUUCCUGUGGAGUUCUCUGGAGCUGUGAGUGUUUUCUACCCAGAGAAGAACAAUGGACACUUCUUCUUUCUGGUCCUCAGUGUCAUAUUCUGCCUGGAGACAAUGCCAGAGCCAGGAAAGCAGUGCCUACAGCGUGCAGGGCCACGCAGGGCUGUCCCCAGCCCACGUGUUGGUGGCCAGGGAUGGGGCUGGCAGGCCAGCUCGGGCACUGAGGGGGUCUCCAGGUACUCACAUCACUGCCUGCUGGGAGCCUCCCAGCAUCUUGCAAAGCCAGUGGGCUCUUUGCAGCAGCCUCAGAAGUGCUGGAUGAACACCCCAUCAGCUCCAAGUGUCUCCACUCGUGCUGGGAACAUCCAUGCUUGAGCCCAGCUGGCAAUGUCCAAUCCACCAGGAUCAAGCAGGAGCUCGCUGGCAAGUGAUGUGGUAGCAGGGGCAGGUGCUUCAUCUGUUUAAAACAAAGCCCGUGGCCUUCAUGCCACUUCUGCUGGGUUUGGUGGAUGGCAGCAGCACUCUCUGGCACCGUCUGGCAGAGGCACUGCUGCCCAUGCCUGCCAAAGUGCAGCACUUCAGACCCCAUUUUACUUUUUUUUGCUGGUGUUCAGCUUCCUGAGGUACCCUUGGCAUCACCUGGCUGCUUCUGGAAUCAGCCACUUUCUGGUUUGCUUUCACCAUUUCUCCCUUUCUCCUCCUCAGUUCUGCCCCAGUGUCACGUUCUGGCUUUCCUGGAUCCUUGCAUGGAGCCAUGCCAGGCUCUGACUUUGGGGUUGCUCUUUGCUGCUUUCCAUGAAAACUCAGCAGAGAAUAUUUCUAUAUUUUUUAAACAGAUGAAGUAACCAUGUAAUGACUCUGCAAUAUUAAUUACGCCUCACCCAGCAGUGUCAGUAAUUGUAAUCAGUCACUGUGUUACUCCAGGUAUACUCAGCCUGUAAUGCUCUCCUUUGUAACUUCUUCCCUUCCAUAAAUAAUGCUGGAUUUUGUGCACACCUAGGGGUAGAGACCCACCACCCUCCUGCAGCACCACCCCAACACCCCCAAUGCUGAAGCAUUUCCUUGCUGCCAGUGGUGAGAGGUGGUUCCACUCCCUGUGCCCUGCAGCUGGAGUCACAUAGAAAAUAAGCAGUAACUAGUGAGGAGUGCUGCCCCCAUGCUGGCCCUAGGAGGAGGAGGAGGAGGAGGAGGAGGAAGGCUGCAAAAUGGGAUCCCUGUGCUCCAGAGGUGUUGGGAGCAGGGAACAAACGCACUCACCCCUGUUGCCUUCACAUGCCCAUUGCUGCUGGUCCUUGGCCAGUGGGAGAUCCCUGGCUUUGGGGAAGAGCUGCUCCUCCAAGCUUUUGUAAUUGGUAUAAUUAAUAUCCCAUGGAUGGCUGGGGAUUCACUGCUGCCUUGGAAUCCCCCCAUGAUCUGUUCUCAGCCCUGUGUGCCUGUGGGUGCCCCCCAUCCAUCUUGCCCAGCAGAAGCUCCUACUGAUCUCUCUCAGGAGGUUCCCAGCAUAGCAAUGUUAGAAAUUCUGAGAAAGAGCUUGAAAUGCAGCAUUUUCCCUGGCCUGCAGGCAGCUGGUGGAGAAAAAUGCUUUCUGGGCUUCAGGAUAGGAGCAAACUGCCCCUGGGAUGGUGCUGUGCAUGGGAUGAGGUGUGGAGAUGUGUGCUGGGGCAGCAGAGAGCCAGAGGAAGUAUUGAUCCUUAAAGAUCAAUAUUGCCAGCAGGAACCAGGAACCUCCCUGCCAGGCACAAUCGAGUCUGGGAAAUCCAUCCAACCCAGGGAGACAAGAGCAGGAGCUGCCAGCUGCAGGCCCAAGGUGCUCAGGACCAGAGUGAGAGUGUUGGGAUUGCAGCUGGAGCAGGAGCCCCUUGCUCUGGGGCAGAGCAGCUGCUGCUGCAGUGGGAUUUCGGCAGGGCUGGGGCACUGGAUCCCUGUGCACCCCACAACCUUCCUCCCCUGGCCUCAUCUCAGCACAACCUGCAGGGCAACCACCCCUCUGCCUGUGACCUGGGGUCUGCACUGUGUGCCCUGCACCUUACACCCUGUAAACUCCAUAUCCCACCCCUUCAUCCCCCAUUCCACACCCCUGAAUGCCCAUCCCAGCCCCCAAACUCCAUAUCCCACCCCUUCAUCCCCCAUUCCACAUCCCUGAAUGCCCAAAUCCCAUAUCCCACCCCUGCACCCCCCAUUCCACACCCCUGAAUGCCCAUCCUAACCCCCAAAUCCCACAUCCCACCCCUUCACCCACUCCAUGCCACUUUUAGCAGUAGCCCUGACCCAUUGCUCCCAGCACCAGACUCCACCAUGGCCAGCACUGAGACCAACCCCCCUCCAGCCCUGCUGCCAGGAGCCCAGAGCCCACCUGAGGCCACACGGGGGGCAGGAAGGGUGAGGAGCCCCAGGGCAGGGCAGCCCAGCCCGCCGUACCCACCCUGAUGGCAGCUCCUGCUCACCAGCAGCCUUGGCUGGCACAGCCCUGGUGAAGAGCUCCAGGAAAUGCUCCCCAGCCAGCCCAGCCCAGCCCACACACCUGAGAUGAUCACUUUGGGUACCCUAAGGGACAUCAGGACGGAGAGAAGAGAUCAGCAGCCAAGGUGGAAGAACAGCACAAGAGGAAAAUCGCAGAGAUGCCGACCUCCUGCAAGCUGGGAAUCGUCUGAUCCCACAGCCCAGUGGGGCCAAUGCCCCUCCAGGACCCACCUGACCCAGCCAGUCCCAUUUUUGGCACAGCCUUGGGGGCUUUUUCUGCUCCACGAGUCUCCUUCCUGCUCUGCCUGCAAGGAACUAUCCUAGAAAUACCAGAAAAAUUCCACAAUCUCUCUGCAAACUCAUGGAUGUUUCUGUCCAGACUUAAGGAGCUUUGACCUGGGUUUGCAUCUUGCCUCUGUACUGCUCGCUUCUUUUUUUAAUGAUAGGGGAAAGUAUAAUAGUUUAUUUUAACUAUGAAAUAUAUUGCUAUAUUAUGAUGGUUAUGGUAACUUUCAAUUAUGGUUUUGUACCCAACACGGUUGUUAGCAGGCAGCAACGCCAGGCUGCUGCCAAAAAUGUCUGUUUCUGAGUACAGCUACUACUGCCAGUGAGGAUGGGGGACAGGGAGAGGUGCAGAACCUGAGUUGUUAUCUUUUAUCACCCUUGUACUCAUUUCCAGUGCUUGGAAGCUGACCUCUAGCAGGUCUGGAUCUGAUCUGUGUGCAGCCCAAUGGCACCAGAGCUUUGCUUCUCCCUACAGAAAGGUCAGGGUUUUUCCCUUUGUUCCCAGGUUCUGGAAAGCCAUUUUGCCCCAGGCUGUCUCCUCCAGCAGCAGGAGGGACUCUGCUCCUUGGGCACAAGCUCUGCAAGAGUCAAAAUUUCCCUUUUCCUCCAGGCUUUGUUUCCUUUUUCCUUUGUGGCUCUUGAGAAAGCAGUGCUGCAGAGCACAUUUUCAUUGAAUUAUGGAAUGGUUAAGGUUGGAAAAGUCCUCUAAGAACAUCAAGUCCAGCUGUUAACCCAGCAGCACCACCAAGCCCACGUGCCUGAGUGCCACACACACAAAUCUUCUAAAUUCCUCCAGAGAUGGGCACUCCACUGCUGCCCUGGGCAGCCUGGCCACACUUACACACCAGUAAUUUUCCCAAUAUCCAACUUAAACCUCCUCUGGCACAACUUUCAGGCAUUUUCUCUUGUCCUUUCACUUGUAACUCACGAGAAGAGACUGGGACAUGUCCAGUUCACAUUUCACACCCUGCCCUGGGAGCUGCAGCUUUUGCUCAAGCUCAGGGUAUGAUGGCAUAGGAGGGCAAAACCCUGAGCAUGAAAGAGAAGUGAGAUAAGGUUGCAGGGAUUGUUUUGUCUCAGCCUUCCAGCUGGGAACAGGCUGCCCAGAGUUGUGUCUGCCCCAUCUCUGGAAGUGUUCAAGGCCAUGUUAGGUGGGGCUUGGAGCAACCCGGCCUAGUGGAAAAUGUCUCAGCCCAUGGCAUGGGGAAUGAGAUGAGCUUGAAGUCCCCUCCAAUCCAAACUGUUCUGUGAUUCCAUGAUUCUGUGAUUCCAUGGACUCCUUGAGCCUCAGAGAGCAUCAUUUCCUUACCUCCAGCCCCUCCUGAGCUGCUGGACCUGAUCCCUGCUGGAUCAAAAGUCUUAAACUGCUCUUUGGCAACCACACUUUGUCCUGGCCAGUCUCCACAGAGCACGACAUGUCAGGGAAUGAGCAGCACCUGUGGAACAAAUUCCUGCUGCUUUUGUCCAGAGAAAGACCAGAAGUCCCUGCACUUCUCAGAGCUGCAGUCACUGCCAUGCUGCCACUGUAGAGCUGUGCUGGUCUCACCAUUCCAGGCCAGUCCAUCCCAGCAGAGCCCCAGCAGCAAUGAGCUGCCAUGAGGUCUGGAUGCUCCUUGCUGGACCCCAGACCUGAAAUCUCCCUGCAGAAACCAGCUCUGAUGGAGGAAAGAGGUUGGUUCUUCUUCUCAGAGGCCAGGGCUGAGCCUCUGCUGCUGCCAGGGGACUCCUGGUCCUCUCCCUUGGGCUUCUCCUGCCCAGCACCUCCCAGGCAGCCCAGAGCCCUGUGCCUUGGCCACCAGGUAUGUUUGCUGGGGGGCAAUGGUGGUGAUUGCUCAGCAGUUUGGGGAGAUUCUGCUGCCAGGCUCUGCUCUGAGCUUCUUCUCACCUAACUCCAAGCGCCCUCCUAAAAGGUAUCCAAAGGGUCCAAGGUUGUAGAGAGGGGAUUUUGCAGGAGAGAGAAAAAGCUUCCAAAGCUUUUUCUCCAUGGCAUUAGUUAUUUCCCUAUGGGAUGAGCCACCUCAGAGCCCCACAAGGCACCAGGCAGGGCUCCAGAACCACCUGCCCAAGUGGGUGCUCUUGGCUGGGGGCCCUGGUGCUCAGAGCACGCAGCUCUGCUCCUUCUUCCACCCAAAGUGUUCUUCCCCCCACUGGGGUCUCAGCACUGCCCAUGCACCUUCCAGUGGGAGCUGCUUGCAUGUUCUCUGUGGUCAGGAUCCAGUCCUGGGCUUUACCUUCCUCCCUCAGGGCCGGUCUCUCAGCUGGAGGACAGGAGUGGGGGCUGGCCCGUGUGACAACAGCCCAUCCCCACAGCAUUGCCAUAAACCCGAGCUGUACCCAGAAACAGGCAUGUUUUAAACUAUGGCUUUAACCUGUUCACUGUAAAAAGUGCCUUGGACUUUAAUCUGAAGAGGUCACUAUCUAGAAGUAUUUACCUGUGCGGGUGUGUAAGGAUGCAGCUCUGUGUGCAGAGUUACACACACAAAUAUAUGAUCUAUACGUACAGCCACCAGUGCCUCAGAGCCUCUGUUCUGCAAGCUGGAAAAGUUCUUUCCUUUCUGCCCCUGGAGUGAUGUUGGAGGUAUUUCUGACCCAGGGACCCCUUGCCAAAGUGAAACAAGGGUUGUGCUGGGUGCAGGGAUUGCCCUCAGCAGUGCUGAGCUGUCCUGUUCAUCCCCAGGAAGCAGCUUGGUGCUCCUCAGGGUCUGUCUGCACAGUCUGGGAAUCCCCCAGGGAAGGGAAUAAAUCCCUGUUCCCUUGUGCAGAGGGGUCACAUCUCUGGACUCCCCAUGCCAGGAGCUGCUGGGCACUUUGCAAAACCAGGGGGAACCCCCAGAUGCUUUGUUGUAUGGGAGUGAUGAGGGGCUUUCCAAAAGGAUUUUUGGUUCCCCUGUUCUUGGGCUGUGGCUCAAGAAAGGAGUGGAGGAGGCUGGUGGAAUGGCAGAUGAUUUUUCCUCUGGCUCUGCACUGAGGCUCCUCAUGCUCACCCAACUCUGCUCAAACAUCAGAGCUGGGCUGCUCCCUCCAGGUCAUCCUUCACCUCUAAAGAAACAAGGAUAAAAGUUGUCUGGGGUGGAAAGAGCACACAAAUAACUUUCCCAAAGUGAAUGCAUUGGUUGAGAUAAGGGGAAGCUGGACUCUUUCCACUCUGAGCACUGCUGGCUUCAGCUCACUCUGAAGAUGGCACCCCAAAUUCCAUCCUCAUAUUCAGGCUGGGAGGAUGGCAACAGAAACAACUCCCCCAGCUAAACAUGGUGUGGUGGAGCCAGCAGAGGAGGAGGGUGAUGUGCAGCAGUUGAACUGUGAUUAAUCAAUAAAUCAGGCUUUUUUAGUUUUGAGCUAAUACGUCUAAAUCCUAAAAAUACCUCCAGCAGCCCAGGGGGCUCUCUGAUAGGUGAUUAAACCCUUGGAGCUUCAUUUCCAGGAUUAAUGGCUUAGAGCAGCAGAGCCCUGCUGUACAAAGGCAGCUCUAGUUCUGAUACUGCCCAUGAAGGCAAGGCAGAAUAUGUUAAUCUUUAUGUGAAGCAUGAAAUCUCUUUUAAAUAAUGGCCCAGGAUUAAAGUUUCUCUGAACAGAAAGGUAAUAAUG